UCUGCUCAGUCGUAGUGUUGGAGCCACAUCGACGGCAGUUUGCAAAUUUUUAUCCACCCCUUAGCUUUACACAUUUUGCGAUGGUUUACAUUCGCCCCGCGACACUGCCUCUGCCCACGGUCUGGCACCGGUUCACCGCACGAGGUACCUCGCUCAGGGUUCAAGACAUCACGGAAGACCAGGUCGAGCCGGCAGUGCAACUGCUUCUCAAGUAUUUCACCGCCGAUGAACCGCCUUGCAAGUAUAUAGAAAUUAACAAACACCCGGGAGCUCUGGCCGAAUUAGAAUACCUGUGGCGGAGUACCAUUAAAGACCGUAUAUCCGUCGUCUGCGUAGAAGAUGUAGACAGGCCGGCAGAAAUCAUUGGAGUCAAUGUCCUAACCGUAUGCUCUAAAAGUGAUACAGAAGAAGAAUUUAAGACGGAGGACAGGAUCUGGGCGAAGCUGUUCGGCGCGGUAGACCUGGUGGGCAAGGGUGUGGACGUCUUCGCGAGGUUCGGCGUGCAGCAAUACCUGACUGCGUACGGGCUGGUGGUGGCGCCAAACUGGAGAGGCUGUGGGAUCGGGAAGGAGGUAUUAUUAGCUCGUGUACCGCUGUGCAAAGCCCUAAACAUAAAAGUGACAGCGACGGUCUUCACGGCAGCGGCGUCCCAGGCUGUGGCAAGGAAGGCUGGUUUCCAGGAUCUGUUCCAGAUAACUUAUGAGGAACUGGCUAAACAUGGUUUCCGAUUUCCUGGCGUUGAAGAAAACACAAAAUAUUCUAAGCUGAUGGCGCUGGAGAUUAUUUAA